AUGGCUGGAGACGCGGAUGACUUCGACGACAUAUACGAUGGCAUAUUCCUACCCCUCCCCGUAGUCGACCCAAGCCAGGUGAGGCAGCGAGUCGCACAGUCAAUGAUUCGCAGAGCCAAGUUCAGGAAUUCGCUCAUUGGCCGGUUCAGGACUCACUUGAGGUCCAAUGCGUUCAAGCAAAAGGUCAAGACUGAGGAGAUUCGCUCCGACGUGAGCGCCUACUUUACGACUCGGCAUCGCAUGCGUUAUCUGAAAACGAUGCGCAGUACGAGUUCUGUUGGUGGAGGCGGUGCCUCGCUCUUUGCUCAGCUCAACGAGGAUGGCACCGAACGCCGCCGCCUUGUUAUCAAAUACUCUGUGGACGAAGGUCGCGGCCAGAAUGAGGCUGAGUGGUUGGAGAAUUUCGCUCGAGUGGAUCAUAUUGUGAAUCUCGUACGCUUGGGAGAGCCGACGAAGAACAACUCUGGAGGAGGAAGUAUUCCAAAGGUACCAGGCGCCUUCCCCGAUCCCGGAGACAAGGAAAUAGAAGAAACACAAACUUGGAGUACUAACAUAUAUCUCCCCAUGAUGGUCCUGGAAUACAUGGCGGGCGGCGAUCUCAAUGAUGUCCGGCAGAGGUGCAGAGAACAAGACGUUUUACCUCCAGACCGUUUUCUUUGGGCACUUGCGUUAUGCUUGAUGCGAGCGUGUAUUGGAAUGGCACAUCACAAUACCAUGGUCAGAGGAGAGAAGGAAGAGAUUCCCAAGAGCACCUUUGAACACAUGAACAUUGCGCACGGGUCAAUGGACCUCUCGCAGGUACUAGUUGGGCCGCUUAUCUCAGACGAUGAUGAGCAUGGGUUGAUUCCGAUAUUCAAGCUGUGCGGCUUUGGAUAUACUACCACAUUAGACAAGGACCUCGGCCUCGACGCUGUUGCAGAGAACAUGCGAGGUAUUGGAAGAAUUAUAGAAACGCUUGCAAGCCCUCAGUCCAACGACCUAGAAGAAGACACAGGUCUCUUGUCUUUACAGUCGUGGGACUAUUCGAAUUACUACGGGGAGAGCGUGAUCACGCAUGUCCAUGACGACUUUACGGACAGCGAUAUAAUUUCACCCACGCUUCAGUGGCUGGUCGCGCAACAAAUGGCUGAAGAUUUGGAUAAUGUACCGAACUUGUCACACUGCCUUAAGGAAUGUGUAGACACAGUCGACAGAUAUGCGAGGAUGACUUAUAAGCAGACAGCCAAGAACAGGACCGAGGUUAUCAAAGAUUUUGUAAGAGAUGUGGUGUUGAAUGCUCCGGUGUUCCAGCCCAUGGUAAAGGAGCCUCAAUCCACCGGCAUUGCGGAGAGGUUACCAGGUAUAAUGGAAUCGACUAUGAUGAUGAUGCAGCGCAUCAGACUAGAAGACAACGCAUUUCGAGGACCAGCGCCGCCAUAA